AUUUUCACUUUGAAGCACAAAGGUAAGUUUAAUUUGACUUCUAAUAUAUCACAAGGAACUUCAGCUCAUUGGGAAACCUGUUCCCUUUCAUUUCUGUGGUCAUUUACAUUUUAAAGUUAAUUUUUUGCUUUAAUAGUGAUAUGGGUUUCUUGGGGUUUUUUGGUUAUUUUUUUCACUUUGUGUUAGUAAUUUUACUGGAUGCGGAGAUGCCUGAAGGACAUCAGAUUGUGGUGACUGAUGAGGUCAUUAAAAGUAGAUUAAAAAUGAAGAGUUGUCUUUCCAUUCAAAUGCAAUUCCCUGAAUGAUCAGCAUCAGAGGAAAAGUACCUGUUGUAAUUGCAUUCUCUUAUCUCGGUGACAUAAGUAUGCUCAGCUACCUAAGGUAGUCUCUGUUACAGCCAUUUAUAAUCUGCUCUCUGCAGUCAUUGACCAGCAUUGUCAGAGGGAUCUGCUAGCCUUCAAUGCAGAAAAUGGUAAACAAACUGCAACAGCUCAGAUUCAAUGCACAAAAUGUGACAGUGCUUUAAUACAGCACACAAGUUAUCAGGUUGAUUAGAAAUGUACUUGUUAAUGUAGAUAACCCUGGCCACAAGGAACUGGCACUAUUACUUAAGCUGUUCAAUGCAUCUGUAUUAAAACUUAUGACAUAAAUGAAUAUUCUUAUGUUCAAGGAUACAUCUCACAGAACUCAGUUUGAUGAGACAUUGCUCUAGAAAAACAAGUAAACUUUGCCCUUAAAAAUAUUCAGUAUUGAUGUAUAGAUAGAAUAAUGUAAAAAGCCUUUUACGAUAAAGUCAGACAGGCAGGUGAAACCAUACUUCAUAAUUUUAAAGCUCAAUCCAGUUGUGCUUAUCCAUUCAAUAAGUGGCACUAAUAAUAAACAGAUCUUCUAAUUCUGCUCUUCACAUAUGCUUUGAAACAAAUUCCUUGUACUAACUGAUGAACGCCCAGUUGUUAGUUAAAAGAGUAGUACACGGUCAUCUAAUUGAAAAGUGUGAAGUCAAGGUUUGUAUGAGAGUCAGCCCACCAAGGUCAUCUCAUUAAAACUGGAUACUCAUUCUGCCAUCUUGAACCUGUCUUUCUCUCUCAUUCUUAGCUGAGUAAUGUCAAUAACCAAGUAUCUCCAUGACAUAGCACCUUAUUUUUCAUCAGUUCAAGUUUUAUAACCACACAGCAUUGGCCAAUGCUACAACGAUCCGUGGUUGCAGAGCACUUUCUACUCAUGAUAUCUCAGCACAAAGAUCACAACCUUACUUAAUGUUAUACCAGGAAGUUAAAAAUAAGAUGAGUGGGCCUAUUGCCAACCAGCAAACAUGCUUUUUUUUUUUUUUUUUUUUUUUUUUUUUUGGAACACUAACUGAUAUUUUCAAGCUUGUAGAAUUUUGUAGAAUUCAAAAAAAGGAUAGUAUUAUCAGUUGAGCUAUAAAAUGUUGGCCGUGUGUAAAACACUCCAUCACUCCACCUAUUUCAAAUAAAUGUGGCUAAGUCAUAUUGUGCUUAAAGAGGUUGCAAAGUAGCUCUAAACCUUCACAAUGACUGCUGUAACAGAUUGUGCCUUUCAGGUUGGUGUCGUAUAUGUCUAUGUUUCGUUGAGUGAUUGUAGGUCUUAUAAAGAAGUAAUGGGUUAAACUUGGUCAGUUCUACAUGAGCUCAUUUCUCAAGGAUUAAUCCAAUUAAUAGUCAGUAAUAGCAAAAACGAUAAUUUGCUUCCACUACCCCCAAAUGUGUAACAGACAUUCUGUAAUGAGUAUAUCAAUCAGUAUCAGUCUGGAAACAUUUUUGUGGAUAGGCUACGGUAGCAAAACAAAUCACAUGCCUUAAACUAUACUUUAAUUGCACAAGUAAAGAAUGUAAAUUUCAAGAAGGGAACAACAACAACAAAAAAGCUAUUCAAUUCUAUCAGUGCAUGCCUACACUUUUUACAGAAUCACUGCCUAACAAAUAUGUGCAUUAUCUUACAGCUUCCCCAAGCAACCAUGUUGUCUUAUUCAUUCUGCAUGAUCGCAGCAGCAGUUGCUUUGCUAACGCCUUGCCAUGCACAGAACUGUGCAGGAGCUCCUGAGCUACCCAGUAUCCCUGGAGUUAGUGGACUGCUUGGUCUGGGAGCUCUCAAAAGAUACUUUGGAAGCCUAUUGUGGCCUUACGGAGAAGAGAAACUUCCUGAAUGUCAGUGGUUACAAAGACAGCAAGAUCUAUCUACUUCUUCUGACGAUGAACUCGGCAAUGUUUUACUGAAUCUAAGACAACGAAUUCUCCAACUUGAAGGAGUGCUUGCUUUGGAUGGGAAAAUAACAAAAGUAGGAGAGAAAAUAUUUGCCAGCAAUGGAAAGGAAGUCAAUUUUUCAUCUGCCCUAGAAUCCUGUGAAGAGACUGGAGGAACUCUUGCGACUCCCAUGAAUGAGGAGGAGAAUAAAGCUAUUAUGGGUAUUGUGAAACAGUAUAACCGAUAUGCUUACUUGGGUAUUAAAGAGAGUGACACUGCAGGUCAAUUUAAGUACGUGAAUAACCAACCUCUGAAUUAUACCAGCUGGCAACAGUAUGAGCCUAAUGGCAAAGGGACAGAAAAAUGUGUAGAGAUGUACACUGACGGAAACUGGAAAGACAGAAAAUGCAACCUGUACCGCCUCACAGUCUGUGAAUAUUAGAGAACGACCUUUCAGGCACCUGAGAAUGAAGACCAUGGAGAAAUGGAGACCAUGAAAUACCCUGUGUUUCAUUCAGACUGAUGCAAUUUCUGUGAUUAUUCUAUGUCAGAAAAUCUAAAAUGAAUCAUAUUACUAUAUAUUUUUAUGCAUAAGAAAAUGUCAAAUGUAGAAGGUGAUUAACUUAAUUAAAAUGUGCUUAAUCUGA